AAGCCAGUAUCGAUAAAGGCCGGAGUAGGUAUCCUAGAAUGGUGAAUCAAUAAGGUAUCGAUCAGUAGAAAUCAUCUCCUCGUCCUUAAAAUUUGAAAUCCCGUUGUACGUAUUUAUGAGAUAGCCUGGUUUAGUGACGCGAAAACAUCGUAGUUGAUUUUUAGCGCGAGUGUGCCUAAUUAUUGAUAAAAAAAAGGCGGAAAUUUACAAAAGUCAUACUGAGGAAACGUAUGGCUGGUGGCCAUAAUAGCUUAUAUUUGUGAAUUAAUAUCAAUUUUCGACUACCGUAUUACUGUUAGCGAUGGAUUACCACGUCCCUUCGCCAUUCACCUGCAAUGAAAGCCUACCAGGACCUAGUAUGACAGACAUGUGUAGUACCUCUACAUUUGCCGUUUUCAUGACUCUUCUGGGGUCGUUAGUACAAAAAAAUGAAAAGAUAUCGGGAAUGUGCGAACGCGUGAAGUCCAUUGACUCACCGGACCCAGAGUACGACUACAUCGUAGUCGGCGGUGGUGCGGCAGGUUCUGUGGUUGCUGCAAGACUGAGCGAGAUUUCUCACUGGAAAGUCUUGCUUCUUGAAGCUGGUGAUGACGAGCCUGCAACUGCAGCGAUUCCUAGUUAUUACAGCGCUGUAACUCAAUCUCGUUUGGACUGGAAAUACCAGACAACGAACGAAAGUUACGCCUGCUUCUCAACAAACGGUUCCUGUUUGUACACCGCGGCAAAAGUUCUCGGUGGGAGUACGGUGCACAACGGGAUGAUAUAUUUGAGGGGCAAUCCAACGGACUACAACAAUUGGGCCGCUAUGGGUAAUGAGGGCUGGACUUGGGAUGAAGUGAAACCCUUCUUUCUCAAGGCGGAGGAUAACGGUGAAAUUAAUAGAGUUGGAAGAUUCUGGCACUCCACCGGGGGUCCGCUUUCCGUUGAGAGAUUUCCUUAUCGACCCCCCUUUGCGGAUUCGAUACUCGAAGCAGCGAAAGAGGCAGGAUUCGAGAUGAGCCAAGAUCUCAACGGGGACAAAAUCACUGGUUUCACAAUUAUACAAUCCACGACGAAAAAUGGAGUUAGACGCAGCAGUGGCGCAUCGUAUCUGCGGCCGAUUAGGAACCGUGAGAAUCUACAAAUUUCCCUCAAUUCUACCGUCACUAGGGUGGUAAUCGAGAAUGGAAGGGCAGUAGGCGUUGAGUACUUCCAGAACGGCGAGUUUAAAACGGUCUCCGCAUCGCAAGAAGUGGUUCUUUGUGCAGGAACCGUCAGAUCACCACAAAUUUUACUUCUAUCUGGUAUUGGACCCGAGGAACACUUGAAGCUGAUGGAUAUCAAGGUAGUGCAUAACUUACCUGGAGUUGGCAGUAAUUAUCACGACCACAUGUACUUUAUGAUCAACUUUACCAUCAAUGAACCCGAUGUAUAUGACAACAAUUGGGCAGCUGCAACUGAAUACCUCGACUUUCAAACUGGUCCAUUGUCUAGUACUGGAUUAGGUCAGGUGGUGGCUGAGCUUGCUUCCAGUACAACGACCCCUGAUUUCCCUGACAUUCAAAUAUUUGGCUUGGGUUAUGACGCUGACUGCGCACCGGGUGAAAUCGGCGCUCUUCGGAGCACAGGAAAACGCACGAUAGCCAUGGUAGUGGGGUACCAGCACCCGAAGAGUAAAGGACGAAUCAGUUUGGCUUCGAACGAUCCUUUUAAAUAUCCCACGAUCUGGGGUAACUAUCUCAGCGAAUCCAGUGAUGUUGAUGGUCUUAUAGAAGCCGUAAACUAUGUUAUGAGAUUGGCCGAUACGAAUGCCUUGAAGGCCUACAAUAUUACAUUGUCAGUAUCAACCCUGACAGCCUGCAACAACUUUACUUACCCUAGUACUGAUUACUGGAAGUGUGCGAUACAGCAAGAUACAUUUCCCCAAGCUCACGGAAGUGGAUCCUGCAAAAUGGGCCCUGAGCAUGACGCGAUGGCAGUUGUCGAUCAUGAGCUUCGAGUAAGAGGGAUCAAGGGAUUGCGCGUUGCAGAUACUUCUAUUAUGCCUCAGAUAAUUUCCGGUAAUACUGGUGCACCAACAAUCAUGAUUGGGGAGAGAGCAUCAGAAUUCAUCAAGAAAGAUGCGGCUUGGCGUUCAGACCUCUGCUCUCCACGAUCAGCCAUAUGUUAAAAGGAUAUUUUUCAAUUUUCCUUUGUCGACGAAAAAGAUAAUAUCUUGGACGUGAAUCAGAAAGGAAAGUAGCAAGGAGUAGCAGAGAGCUAUUGAAGUGAAGAGAUGAGAUAGUGGCGGAUAGUUGCUCGUGAUUGAACACGUUGUCACUUGGGCAAACGAAUGCGUAUCACCCUGUAUCACAGAUUACGGGUAUCACGUAUCGUAUGCAGGCGAGUUUGACGUCACGUAAUACGAUCACGUUCGGAUCACGAUUUGAUAUUGGUAGAAUACUUUAGUUUGAAACUGAUGGUUUAUUCAAGAUUUAAAAUUCGAACUAUUACAUUAUGUUAGAGAAUAAAAAUCUGUCGUCAAAUUUAUUUAUAUAAAAUUAACGUCACUGUGUCUUUUGCAUUUAUAAAAAAAAAAAUAUCACGUUUAUAUAACACUAGGGGCGUGCACUUCCCACCUGACUCUUUUACAAGUAUUAUGAUAUUUCCUUCUCUGGCAUAAAAAAUAAUUUGCAUAUUAGUCAAUUUUUCAAUUUUUUUUAUUUUAUUCGAUACGAGAUUUGAGUUGAUAUUCUUGUUUCUCUUUUCCUAAUGAACUUUCAGAAUCAGGCAUACGCACGAUGAACGACGAUUCCGUUUGUGAUCAUUCAUAAUUAAUAUUACUUGUAUAAAAAUUUUAGAGUUUUUUUUUCAACUUUAAACGUUUCACUGAUCAUUGUCACCGUCUUCAGUAUACAGGAAGGUGAAUUUUGUAAAAUUGUCCGAUUCGUAUACGUUUGGGUCGUUUGAUUUUUAUACCUAAUAUUAGACUUUUAAUGAUAUAAGAAAAUAAUAUUACGUAAGUAUUUUCACUUUUCUUCAACAGCAUCACAGAUGCGAUACAUAAUUGUAAUUUACACGUGACCUGGAAAUAACCAUCUGUGCAAUAGAUAUUCAACUAAUGUGAUUAGAAA